UGUAGUAGACGCCAACCGUUGAUUUGAGUUCUGUAUGCGGUGGCAAAAGGUUUCGAUGGUUUGGUUGUGGCUUUGGUAACCCUCUUUUCCAAACAUGCCUGCCCCGCUGGUCGCGGCUCAGGUUCUGUUCUCCCAUUCCAUUGUACCCUUAGCGAUAUCCAGCAUACUCCUAGCUCUCGUAUCGUAUGCAUACGUCUCUCGCGACUGACUGACGCCUGUCGCCGCAAUGGCUUCUGCUUGUGGGAAGACUAGCAUUCUUCUGCAACCUGCCCUAGACGAUGAUGUCUUGAGGGAGCGCGAAGCUCACAAAUACUACCAGCCAUUGCAAGACCUCGUCCAGGCCAGCAUCCCUGCAUCUCCUCCUACUGGACCAUGUUCAUCGCCAGACCGUGCCCUUACUGCAUUCGCUCAGCUUGCUUCGUUUAGACUGGGAGUCCGUAGAGCUUUUAUAUCGCUCAUCGAUCGCAAACACCAAUAUAUCCUUGCCGAGGCCACAAAGACUCUGUCGCUUGAGAAAAAUACCGCCGAUGAUGAAAAGGAUAACCUGUGGGUUGGUGCAACUGCUUUCGAGCGUAGAGCCACUCCAUGCGAAUAUGCUGCUGGUCUUCUUGUUGCUCCAGAUCUCCUUGUCAGCGAAGACAAAGGAGAUGUUGUAGUCUUUCCAGAUCUAUCUCAGCACGUGCUGUUCAAGGAUCAUGCUUUGGUCACCGAAGUUCCGCAUGGUCGUUUCUAUGCAGGCGUGCCAAUCAUCUCACCCAACGGACACAACAUCGGCGUCUUCUGUAUCUUGGACGAUCAACCUCGCCAGGAAGGCCUUACUGCGACCGAGGUGGAGUUCAUGAAAGACCUGUCCUCUACUAUCAUGGCGCAUCUGGAAAUGGUCAGAGCGACAGCUGAACUCGGCCGAUCGAAAAGCAUGGUUCAAGGAUUGGGGCAACUGGUCCAUGGCAAACCUAAUUUAAAAGACUGGUGGAAUAGUCUGCACCAAGAGAAGGCAGACCGUCCUCGAUCCGGGGUUCGCACUGCUCGAUCUGCAUUCCGAUCUUCUAAACCAUCUUCCAGCCACCUGCAGACCAAAUUUACUUCUAUAGACAGUCCCGAGGUUAGCGCAGCGGCUUCACCUUCUGUCAGAGAAUUCGUGGGAGCUCAUGUCCCGGAAACGCGCCAUUCAGAUAUUUCCGCUCAGGAAGCACAGCAGUCCUCAGAGGAGACGGAUGUUGGUAACCAGCUACAGGAAGAUUCAAUCGCUCCCGGUAUCAAAAACACUUUCAAACGGGCCGCGGAUAUCAUCAGAAGAUCUGUCGACGUCGAUGGUGCCAUCUUUCUCGACGCUUCGAUAGGAUCGUUCGCUGGCCUUGUGGACGGUAACCGGCAGCAUCAAGGAUCUGCCACUCAGUCUUCCACUGGGACGUCUUCGUAUUCGAUCAGGACUACCGACAGUCUUAUGAACGGCACUGAUGAGAAACGAUGUAACGUGUUGGGCAGCUCUUUGGUUGCGUUCAGCAAACGCAGGUCUUCUCAUGUUGCCAGCCUGGCCUCUCCGUUACCUGUUAGCGAGAGGUUCUUGCAACAGCUGUUGGCCAAAUAUCCCAAGGGAAAGAUUUGGAGCUACGACGAGGAAGACAGUAGCUCCCAUGAAGGCCCGCUCGAUUCUCCCCGGACAGCCGACAGUGUAAAUCGUAGAGGUGAACGCUGGCGAGAGAGAAGGAUGAUCCAGCAAAUCUUUCCUGGCGCCCGUAGCUUGGCCCUAGUGGGUAUGUGGGAUCCACACCGUAGUAGGUGGUUUGCCGGAAGCAUACUCUGGACGUGCAGCCCAACCCGUAUUUUGUCAACAGACAGCGAACUUAACUACAUGAUCGCAUUCGGUCAAUCAGUCAUGUCAGAGAUUGCUAGGAUCGAUGUCAAAAUGGCAGACAGAGCUAAGGCGACAUUCAUUAGUUCGAUAUCUCACGAGCUUAGAACUCCUUUACAUGGAAUCAUGGGUAGUACCGAGUGUCUCCAAGGUACGCCUCUUGACGCUUUCCAGUCCAGUUUGAUCAACACAGUUGAGACGUGCGGCAAGACACUGCUCGAUACGUUUGACAAUUUGCUAUCUUAUAGCAAGAUCAACAACCUGACCAAUAGCUCCAAUUACCGAAGACCAUCUGUCACAUCCACUAGAAGUCAACUACACCGCAACGGGACCGAUUCAAUACAGAGCCCGGUCGAUCUCGGCAUCUUGGCUGAGGAGGUAAUUCACACCGCUUUCGCUGGUAAUGAAUUUGUCCGUGUGACACCAUUGGGAGGUGGAAUAGCGGCUCGUGGUGUCCCGACUGCACGUCCAGUAAAGGGACUCGAGGCAAUCACUGUUCUUCUGGAUUAUGACACAACUAAGGAUUGGACAUUCACGACCCAGGCUGGCGGCUGGAUUCGAAUCAUCUUGAAUCUCGUAGGAAACAGUCUCAAGUACACUGAAAGAGGGCAUGUGGCAGUAAGGCUAGAAUCUAGACUUUUGCCGAGUCCGACGUCCGAGGAUGACAUCGAAGUCACUUUGACAGUAUCUGAUACUGGCAAAGGUAUGUCUGAGGACUUCCUGUCUGAGAACGUCUUCUCUCCCUUUGUCCAGGAAGAUCCUCUGUCACCCGGCACUGGGCUGGGCUUAAGCAUCGUUAAGCAGAUCAUCACCAAUAUGGGCGGUGAGAUCUCCGUAGCAAGCAAACAGGGACAAGGGACUCAAAUUGCUGUUACUGUGUCAAUGACACGUGCCGAAAUUGUCGCAGAAUCAGACGCUCCGACCGCAAUAGCAACUGUCACGAGCCUGCUGCAGGACAAGCAUCUGAACAUGAUCAUUCCUGAAGGGGAACAUGACGAGACGGGCUUCUCUGACCUAUGCAGCAAUUGGUUCGGUGCAUCUGUCCGCUGUACUUCCGAACCCGAGGAAGCGGACUUGUACAUUGUCAUGAAAAGACAUACAACCGCUUUGGUCAAUCAGCUCGCGUUCAAGCCUGCAACCGCAAGUCCGAUUGGUGCGCGACCGGUGAUCGUUCUGUGUAGAAACUUAUUUUCUGCACAUUCCCUCCAGUCGUCCAAGUCCAUGGCUGUCAUCAGUCCGCGCUUAGAUUACAUGUCACAGCCCCUAGCUCCAAAUAAGGUUGCCAAAACACUGCUGCAAUGCUUGGAGCAUCCGACAUGCUCAACACCAGACUCUACCACGACUCCCACACAAGCACCCUCUCGAACCACGAGCAUCUCCUCCCGACGCCCACGAGCACGCCGAGCUGAAUCUAACAUUUCUCAGAAUAGCACAGGCUCGAACCCCGAAGUUGUGCUAUUCACUCCAAUGGAGGAGAAGACUCAAGAAAUGCUUAUGUCCAAGGUUCGACAGAGUGUCGAAGCCAAUCGUCAAGCCGAUAUUAUUGAUGCUCAGAAACAGGCACUAGUGCCUAAUGUCACCGGAACUUCAUCCGCUGCAGGCGUGUCAGUACUUCUGGUCGACGAUAACAGCAUCAAUCUGAAUCUAUUAGCUACUUUUAUGAAGAAGCAACGGCACGCAUACGAUACUGCGACGAACGGCCUUGAAGCAGUGCAAGCCUAUAAGGCCCAUGUUGACCCAACGCGCCUUCCUCAAGAUAGCGAGAAUUCGCUACUCUUGCAAAAUCAACACAAGUUGACCGCGCAAUCUUUCGACUUUGUUCUGAUGGACGUCAAUAUGCCUCAGAUGGACGGCCUCGAGUCAACUCGACACAUCCGAGCAUUCGAGCGGUCGAAGGGAUUACGCCCAGCGGUGAUUGUCGCACUUACUGGCAUGGCAUCAGCAAGUGUACAGCAAGAAGCAUUUGCUAGUGGUGUCGACCUUUUCUUGACCAAGCCUGUACGGCUAAAAGAGCUUACCAGGAUUUUUGAAGAGCAUGCACGAUGAUGCUCUGUCGACAGAGGUUUAGAGGCGCACAGAACCCCGCCAUGAUAUACACACGCAUUUAACAUAGAAAGACGACACGAGCAAUAGAGUGUAUAUUCUUAAAAGCUACAUCU